AGUUUAUCAUUUUAAAAUGAUGAACUUCUGCAUAGAAAUUGCUAGACGGAAUUGUUUUACUAUGACGCCAUUGAGUUUUUUGAGUAUAUUUCAGUUAUUCUGUAUAAACAGAAGGAGUAUAGAAGAUAGUAAACAUUUUCAAUUUUUUUCGAGUACAAAUUUAAUAUAUUACAAGAAUAAUUUUCAAGAUGGGAACUAAAGCGCAGAAAACGGAAUCAACUGAGAAUUUUAUAAGUGCAUGGAGAGAAGAAGAAAGUCUGUGGAACGUAACUUUGACAGUUUAUAAAAACAAAGAUGCAAAGGCUAAAAGUACUAGAAUUUUGAUGGGAAAAUGCACCAUGGAAGAGGGUGAUGUGAAAAGAAAGAUAAAUACUCUACGAAGUUAUUAUUCAAAAGAACUCCAAAAAUCAAUACCAAAAAGUGGAGCGGGUAGAGAUGAAAUUUACGAGUCAAAGUGGCCUCAUUUUCAAUCUAUGGCAUUUUUACGGGACACAAUCAUUCCAAGAAAAACAACAUCCUCUCUGGCAAGUGUAUUUUUAUUUGCUUUUUAUAAUAUACUUAUCUAAAUGAAAUUGUCUUGCCAUGGGACUGUUCCAACUGUAUUAAAGUAGUCACAGAAUUGAUCUCGUACAGCUUUAGCGUCAGGUUUAUAGUUAUUGGUUCCAGUAACUCUUAUUGAACGCAAAGCUUCACUUGAUUCAGACCUCCACGUUCCAUUAUUCACUCUUCCAUUUUCAAUAUCCUCAACAUCAAGACUUCCAGGAGGGGUGUAACCUGACGGAGUUUUUUCCCUUAACAAAUUAUGCAACACACAACUUGCUAAAGUAAUCUUCUGGACGUUUUCUGGUGUAGGCGAUAAAAAGAUUCUAAAACGAUUAGCCAAUAUACCAAAUGCAUUCUCUACAAUCCUCAGGGGCGGAUACAUACCACGUCAAAGACGUCAAGUGACGAAGGUAAAUUGUCUACCUGUAUAACGGACGAUGUCAAUCGAGAGGGGCAUAGUAGUGCGUAAAGUUCUUUUUAUGUAAACAACGUGCGCCGACGAGCGGGAGUUGAUAUAAAAUA